UCACUGGUAAGCUUUAAUGAACGAUAAGAUAAAUCUCUAGUGGCAAGACGAUGUAGACCUUUGCUAUACCAACUUGUGUCAGGGAUUUUUGAUCCAGAAGAUGAGGCGCCGACGUAGUUCCUCCCUGGUGACUGCAAUGGUUUGCCGAAUUUUCCGGCGCAAAUCUGCCUCGCCGCAGCCUCUCAUCUGUCCAUCACGCAUCGCCACUGUCAGCGUGUCGCAAGAAUCUGGCACCUCAUAUCCACUUCCUUCUCCCAGUAUCAUAGCUUUUCCCAAACAACCAUAAAUAUUAAAUUUCUAAAGCAAGAACAUACUUUUCUGCAUAAUACGGUCGAAUCAAGCUCUUCACAACCUCGUAUGGAAACAGAGACCUAUUUUUACUGCAGUUUUUGAACGUUGAACUCAAACGGCCCUGCAUUCGAUAUUGUAUGAAAUGGCCGACCCUUUUGGCACAGGAGCUGGGAUCAUCGGAGUUCUCAGUCUCGCUCUGCAAAUCACAAAGGUAGUGGUCCAAUUAGGGCUGGAUUGGAAAGACGCACCAGAAGCAGUCAAGGCUUUCAUAGCUGAACUUCGAACCCUGAGAACUGUAUUGUCCGAAUUGCAUACCAAUAUCCUUCUCAAUCCAGAUUUCGCGGAAGCGUUUCAACACCGACCCUCAGUACUCCUCUCGCAGCUUGGCCCCGAUGCUUCCUCUACCAGUGACACGAAAAACAUGCUCGAAAUAUGUCACAAGGAGCUAGAGUCCUUGCUCAUGGAGCUAAGUCAGAGAAGUCAAGGACACCGGCUAAGCUGGGAGAGACUGAAAGGGGCUUUCCUAGCUAACCAUACACGAGAAUCAAUCCAGAUCCUCUCUCGGCAAUGCAAGUCGCUCGACAGCAUACUCUGGAUUGACGUGGCCGCCUUAGGAGCAACUAUCCAUAAAGAGGUCAGAGAAGGAAGAAGAGAACAGCAGGAGUGGCAUGAAGCUGACAACAAAAUUACAUUGGCUAUCCGAGACAGCCUAGAUCGUGGUAAUGAACAACAAGAGCAUCGAGAGCGAGAGCAGAAUCGGCAGGCUAUCCUGGACUGGAUUACCCCGAUCACCUAUUCAUCAGACCAAAGUGACUUCCUUAGCUAUCGACAGGAAGGAACUGGCCAAUGGCUUUUGGGUUGUGUCGAGUUCCAACAGUGGUUGCACACUGAUCGAUCAACACUGUUUUGUCCAGGCAUUCCUGGAGUGGGCAAAACAAUCAUGACCGCCGUUGUGAUCAACGAUUUAGCUACUCGAUUUACCGAAAACUCAACUAUUGGUAUCGCGUACAUCUUCUGUAAUUUUCGACGGCAAGGCGAACAGAGGCCCAAGGAUCUCCUCGAAAGUCUGCUUAGACAGCUUGCUGAAAGUCAGGCUUGCCUGCCGGAAAGUCUGUUCUCUCUUUACGAAAAGCACAAGGCAAGGCGUACGCGCCCAUUACUUGACGAGAUCUUCACAACUUUGCGAUCGGUGGUUGCUGCGUUUUCGAAGACUUUCAUCAUAAUCGAUGCAAUGGAUGAGUGCCAAGUAUCGAAUGGACAUCGAUCAAGGUUCCUAUCACAAAUCUUUGGUCUUCAAAGCGUGACUGGGGCAAAGCUCUUCGCAACCUUUCGGAAGGAUGUGGGCAUCGAAGAAGACUUCAAGGGACAUCUCUGCUGCGAAAUUCGCGCCAGUGAUGGAGACGUACUGAAAUACCUAAACGGCCAAUUGCCACUGCUCCCCAAAUGUGUUUCGAGCAGACCUGAACUAAAGGAGGAAAUCAAGGGUGUCAUUACAAUGGCUGCUGGGGGAAUUUUUCUCUUGGCAGAGCUUUAUCUCCGUGAACUUGAGCAGUUGAGGGUUCCGAAGGCUAUUAGGACGGCUUUAUCUCAAUUCAAAAUCGAAGCUCAGGAUUCCAGCGAAAAUAAGAAGUUCAAGGUUUUGUUGAAAGUAUACGAUAGAGCCAUGGAUAGGAUUAUCAAACAAGGAAACGAUUCGGGAGUGCUUGCCAAGAAGGUUCUGUCCUGGAUCACUCACGCGACAAGACCACUGACGGUUUUGGAGCUCCGGUAUGCAAUAGCCGCAGAAUACGGUGAGCUUGAGCUAGAAGAGGACAAUCUCCCAGCAAUUGAAGACAUUGUUUCUGUGUGUGCCGGAUUGGUCACAGUGGAUAAAGAGAGUAAUAUCGUCCGUUUAGUCCACUACACAGCACAGGAAUACUUCGACCGCACUCAAAGGCGCUGGUUUCCCACUGCAGACUCGGAUAUUGCAAUGAUCUGUAUCUCGUACCUCUCAAUUAGUGCCUUCGAAGGCGAGAUCUGUCCAAAGGCUGACGAUUUUGAGAAGUCAUUGCAGUCAAAUCAGUUUUUUGAGUACGUCGCCCAAAGCUGGGGCCAUCAUGCUCGAAAGGGGGGUUCAAAUCCUGAAUUGGACACCUCGGUGCUGCAGUUCCUCGAGAGCACAGUCAAGGUUGCGGCCGCCGGUGAAGCUAUGCUCACACAUGGAAAUCACCCUGGCCAUCGUCGAAAGGCUCCCAGGGGAAUCCAAGGAUUGCAUCUUACAGCGUACUUUGGCUUGCGAAAUGUAGCAUUUGAGCUGCUAAAGAAGGGCUAUGAUCAAGGAGUCAAAGAUGCUGAUGGCUGUACACCAUUGAUGUGGGCCGUAGACUACGGGCAAGAGGAAUUGGUAGGAAUGUUGCUAGCAGAGGGCUCAGGUACUGGUACUUGUGACACGUUGAGACGAACAGCACUGCACCAUGCUGCAUCAAUUGGCCAGAUCACGUCCAUACACCUCCUCAUUCAACACCAGGCAGACGUGGAGGCGCGAGAUUUGCAAGGACAGACACCUUUACUUGUUGCAAUCAGUAAGGGCCAGAAGGCGGCGGUUGAGCUUUUGCUACGUGCUGGUGCCGAGGUGACCGCCUUCGAUGGAGAGAGAAAAGGUGCCUUGCAUUUGUCGAUCGAGAGCGAAUUCUUCGGCAUUGAAAUGGUGGAAUUACUAUUAGCGCAUGGCGCACCUUUUGAUAUAACCGAUGUCAACAACAUGACACCACUACAUUGUACUAUACAGUUCAAUCGCAGAGACAUCGCGAGCAUACUACUUAACGAUGGAGUGGCCGUUGAUUUAAGAGUGCAGAGGAGGAGCUGGAUUCCAAGGCUUAUACGUGGAUCUACUGUCUACGAACCCAACAUUGCAGACACAGCUCAAAGGGUUGUCACUGACGAUCUAAGAGGGUUGACUCCACUCCAUUUCGCGGCAUUAGUCGGCGACACAGGGAUGACGGAAUUCUUUCUCGGUCACGGUGCCGAUCCUAAUGCACUCUCCCAUUAUGGAGAGACACCACUACAUCUAGCGCUCUCCAGGAGUAUCCAGGGCUCUAAAUAUAGAGAUUCAUGGAAUGAGUCUCGUUGGAGACUGGAAUCUUUGUGGGAUGUUGUGGAAUUCCAUGACGAGGACGUACAUGAUGAUGUGGCCACUCAAAUCACUACCACACGAAGAGAUUUGGUUGAGAUUCUUCUCAGAGAUGAUAGGACCAAUGUCACGUUUCAGGACGCUCAAGGUUUAUCGGUGUUACACACAGUAAACUAUACAGAGCUGGACUCGCCACAUAUCAUUCGAAGCUUAAUUCAGAAAGGGGUUAGAGUCGCUGCCUGUAACUUGAAGAGACAGACGGCAUUACACCUGGCGAGCUUAGCAGGGCAUCUUGAUACAGUAAAAGUCCUCGUCUCCCAUGGCUCUGUCAUAGAAAUGGCGGACAAUGAGGGCAGAACUGCACUCCACUAUGCUGCCAAAAGUCGCAGCCCACAGACCGUCAUAUCUAUCAUUGAAGCGUAUCAAGGAGAGAUUCCUGAUUUCUUGAACAUCCGAGACAAUUUCGGGAGAAAUGCCUUACACCACUCGGUCGGAGACUCCUGCUCUGUUCAAUUUGAUAUGGUGCGGACGCUAUUGAAUCUAGGAGCCAAUGCCAACAACACAGAUGACGAUGGAAAUUCGCCAUUGGCGCACUAUCUAAGCCAAUUCCGCUUUUUCAUCGACCUGUCAAUCUGCCAGCUACUACUUAGUCAUGGAACUCGUGCAAAAUCUGUCAAUAAAGCGGGGGAGACUCUGGCCGAAUCAUAUGCAAUGUUUGGGGAAGUGGAUGUUGAAGUCCUAGAGCUCUUAAAAGACUACGACGUGGAUAUAGACAAGGUGGACUCCAGGGGGAUGAAUCUGCUUCACACAAUUGCGCUUGGAGGGUCGCUUACGGAAGAGGCUCUUAUAUAUCUCCUCAGGAUUUCUCACAUUCGUCAGGAAACAACGGAUUACUUUGGCAAGACAGCUUUACAGUACGCAACAGAAGAAGCAGACCGAGAGCGGCAUCCACUCCUGUUUGACUCUAAGCGUUGGUCGAGGACGGCAGAUAUAUUACGGAUGCAUGCUACGUAGUAUAUGCUUUGACCUAGAGUGGGAUUGACGCGCUCCUACUUCAGUUUUCUUACAUGCUUCGCACACUUGCAAUCUAUGCUAUCUCUUGCACAAUUUUGCAAGCAAUCAUUCCGAGGGCACACUGGAAGAUGACUGUGUCGACAGGAUGUUGACACAGUACAGGGGGUUAUGGAAGUCGAGAGAUGCGAACGGACGUGUUGAGGGUGUCAUGUCAUAUGCAGUUCGCACGUGGCCCCAGUAAGGAAUGGGCCACCGUAUUAGUACUAAAUAUCCAUACACCAGCCAAUGUGUCAGUCAAUGCAUCCGGUCCU